CAGAGCUGAAAUGCGAACCCGCUGUCAGGGCCAGUAGUCAGUCCAGCAUCCCCCCGCGAUUCCGCAAUCUUUGACUCCAGCGCAAUCUCUUCUCUGGUCCAGACCCAAGCUCCCUCGCCCCCUAUCUGGCCCCACCCACCUCCCCCAUAUUUAGUACGAAUCUGAUCUGGGGCUGGGAUGGGCCCUACUUAACCCGGCCUGAGCGUUCAAGAGCUCGCCCAGCAGAGCGGAGCAGAGCCAAGAUCCUGAGCAAGAUGAUGAUGGUUAUGCAGCCUGAGGGUCUAGGGGCCGGGGAGGGGCCCUUCUCGGGCGGCGGGGGCGGCGAGUACAUGGAACAGGAGGAAGACUGGGACCGUGACUUGCUGUUGGACCCGGCCUGGGAGAAACAGCAGCGGAAAACCUUCACUGCAUGGUGCAACUCACAUCUGCGCAAGGCAGGCACCCAGAUCGAGAACAUCGAAGAGGACUUCCGAAAUGGCCUCAAGCUCAUGCUGCUCCUGGAGGUCAUUUCCGGAGAGAGGCUGCCCAGGCCAGACAAAGGCAAGAUGCGCUUCCACAAAAUCGCCAAUGUCAAUAAGGCCCUGGACUUCAUUGCUAGCAAAGGAGUGAAGCUUGUGUCCAUUGGUGCUGAAGAAAUUGUUGAUGGGAACCUGAAGAUGACCCUGGGCAUGAUUUGGACCAUCAUCCUCCGCUUUGCCAUCCAGGACAUCUCUGUAGAGGAGACCUCAGCCAAAGAAGGCUUGCUUCUCUGGUGUCAGCGGAAAACAGCACCAUACCGCAAUGUCAACGUGCAGAACUUCCAUACCAGCUGGAAGGAUGGCCUGGCCCUCUGUGCUCUCAUCCACCGCCACCGGCCAGACCUCAUUGACUAUGCCAAGCUGCGCAAGGAUGACCCAAUUGGAAACCUGAACACCGCCUUUGAGGUGGCCGAGAAAUACCUGGACAUCCCUAAGAUGCUGGAUGCAGAAGACAUUGUGAACACCCCCAAACCAGAUGAGAAAGCCAUCAUGACCUAUGUCUCCUGCUUCUACCAUGCGUUUGCUGGGGCUGAGCAGGCAGAGACCGCUGCCAACAGGAUCUGCAAAGUGUUAGCUGUGAACCAAGAAAAUGAGAAACUGAUGGAGGAGUAUGAGAAAUUAGCCAGUGAGCUGCUGGAGUGGAUCCGCCGCACCGUCCCAUGGCUGGAGAACCGCGCAGGUGAACCCAGCAUGAGUGCAAUGCAGCGCAAGCUGGAAGACUUCCGGGACUAUAGACGCCUGCACAAACCUCCCCGUGUGCAGGAGAAGUGCCAGCUGGAGAUCAACUUCAACACACUGCAGACCAAGCUGCGCCUGAGCCACCGCCCUGCUUUCAUGCCCUCUGAGGGCAAGCUGGUUUCGGACAUAGCCAAUGCCUGGCGGGGACUGGAGCAGGUGGAAAAGGGCUAUGAGGACUGGCUGCUCUCGGAGAUCAGGCGUCUGCAGCGGCUUCAGCACCUGGCUGAGAAGUUCCAACAGAAGGCUUCCCUGCAUGAAGCUUGGACCCGGGGCAAAGAGGAGAUGCUGAACCAGCAUGACUACGACUCAGCUUCGCUGCAGGAGGUGCGUGCGCUGUUGCGUCGCCAUGAGGCCUUUGAGAGCGACCUGGCUGCGCACCAAGACCGGGUGGAGCACAUUGCUGCACUGGCCCAAGAACUCAAUGAGCUGGACUACCAUGAGGCAGCCUCAGUGAACAGCCGCUGCCAAGCCAUCUGUGACCAGUGGGAUAACCUGGGUACACUGACCCAGAAGAGGAGAGAUGCGCUAGAGAGGAUGGAGAAGCUCCUGGAAACCAUUGACCAGCUACAGCUGGAGUUUGCUCGGCGGGCAGCACCCUUCAAUAAUUGGCUGGACGGGGCUAUUGAGGACCUGCAGGACGUGUGGCUAGUGCACUCUGUGGAAGAGACUCAGAGCCUGCUAACAGCACACGAACAAUUCAAGGCAACAUUGCCAGAGGCUGAUCGAGAGCGAGGGGCCAUCCUGGGUAUCCAAGGAGAGAUCCAGAAGAUCUGCCAAACGUACGGGCUACGGCCAAAGUCCACCAACCCCUACAUCAACCUCAGCUCACAGGACAUCAACACUAAGUGGGACACGGUCCGAAAGCUGGUGCCCAGCCGUGACCAGACCCUGCAGGAGGAACUGGCACGGCAGCAGGUGAAUGAGAGGCUCCGGCGACAGUUUGCAGCCCAGGCCAAUGCCAUAGGACCCUGGAUCCAGGGGAAGGUGGAGGAGGUAGGGCGGCUGGCAGCUGGGUUGGCCGGCUCUCUGGAGGAGCAGAUGGCUGGUCUACGGCAGCAGGAGCAGAACAUCAUCAACUACAAGAGCAACAUCGACCGGCUGGAGGGUGACCACCAGCUGCUGCAGGAGAGCCUGGUCUUUGACAACAAGCACACAGUCUACAGCAUGGAGCACAUUCGUGUGGGCUGGGAGCAGCUGCUCACCUCCAUUGCCCGCACCAUCAAUGAGGUAGAGAACCAGGUACUGACCCGAGAUGCCAAGGGCCUGAGCCAGGAGCAGCUCAACGAGUUCCGGGCGUCCUUCAACCACUUUGACCGGAAGCGGAAUGGGAUGAUGGAGCCUGAUGACUUCCGAGCUUGCCUCAUCUCCAUGGGUUAUGACCUGGGAGAAGUGGAGUUUGCUCGCAUCAUGACUAUGGUGGACCCGAACGCAGCUGGGGUUGUGACUUUCCAAGCCUUCAUUGACUUCAUGACCCGAGAGACCGCCGAGACAGACACCGCGGAACAAGUAGUAGCCUCCUUCAAAAUCCUGGCAGGAGACAAGAACUACAUCACCCCAGAAGAGCUGCGGAGAGAACUCCCAGCCGAGCAGGCUGAGUACUGCAUCCGUCGGAUGGCGCCCUACAAAGGAUCUGGGGCUCCGCCCGGGGCCCUGGACUAUGUGGCUUUCUCCAGUGCCCUCUACGGAGAGAGUGACCUCUGACAUUCUUAGCAGAGAAGGAAAGAGGGCACUUCCUGUGGCGGAUUCCACUGUCCCUCGGAGCAAGGGCCUCAAGAUCAUCCAGCACUGUGUUCUGAAUAAAGACCAGGCUGUGGGCCUCUCCCA